AUGAUUGUCCGGCCGCCUUCAAAGGAGUACCCCGAUGGAUCGCUGGGCAUGUUGGAUGCCGGUAUUGUGGUUGAGUUGAGCGAACGCGACAACCGGAACUUCUUUACGUUGUUCGAGGCGAUAGCCUACGGGAACGGAAAGCAUGCAGGUUAUCUGAUGCUGGACAACGCCGAAGAGGAGGACUGCGACGAACCCGAGGAGUUCGCUGCCAGGAUAGCCGAGCUAGUGUCUAUGGUACACAAAAGCACACUGUCUUUACAAGAGGUGAGCGUAUAA